UGUACCUCUUCAGCCGUAUCGAUCUGCGGCUCCGUUGGACGAGGAAAUAAAAUACAAAAACAUAUCCCACAACGUCAUACGCGCUUCGCAAAACCAGCUUUCCCCAUCUCACGCUACAUAUACGUCACGCGAUUUAGCUGUGGGCCAAUUAACGAUUUCUGGUCGCGCGUGAUAGACAGUUCGAUGUUCGAAAACGUGGCGUAGGCAGUGUUUGAUUUUGAUCUCUGUAAUAUUUCGGUAGUUUUUAUGAAAAAUGGAAAAACGUUUAAUAUCGAAAGUGUUUGAACAUGAACUGCUCUAUGCGCUAGAUGCUGUUGAUUAUAGGGAUCGGCAUAUGCGAGCCAUGGCAUGGUCAGAGAUUGGGAAAGAACUUGGAAUUCCAGCUUCUCAAUGUAAAGACAUGUGGCGAAAAUUGCGGAACUGUUACCUGAACGCCAUCAACAGACGUCAAAAUAAGAACAUUCCAAAGUGGAAAUAUGAAGACGAGAUGUCUUUUCUUCUACCCUUCAUCGAAAUUCGAUCGUCUUCAGAAAACAAUAACAACAGCGCCGAGCAAUCCAGUACCUCCUUGAGCAACGUGUCAGCUACGUACAACGGUGAUGACUUGGGAAGUCCGAUUCUGAUGGAACAUGAGGACAGUUCUGAAAUGAUUUUGCCAGAAACGUCGAGCGUUGUCACAAAGACAGAACCUCGCGAAGACAAUGCCGACUACUUCCCAUAUCCGAAGAGACGGUGCACCACCCUGGAUAGAGCCGCAACCAUGCACCACCAUAGGGGUAAGGAUGAAAUAGACAUGUUCUUCCUCAGCAUCUGUGAAACCGUGAAAAGGCUAUCUGCUGUGGAUCAAGCCAAAAUAAAAAUGGAGUUGAGUAGACUGGUGUAUGAAGCAGAAAUUCGAGCUCUCGAACAAGCACAAUAUGAAGAGACCUUGUAAUCUAUACGACGGAUUUUUUUUACGGGCAUUAUUUCUCACUUAAGAUACCACACAUCUGGAUUACGGAUUCAAAUUUGAAGAGGUUCGCAGGGAAAGAAUAUCCAGAAUUCUGGUAUGACUGCUUUUCUGAUUUACUCUUUGGUUUUUGAAGAAAGGUUUGGUUUUGAAUUGAAGCAUCCAAGAAAUUUGAUUUCAUAUAUCAGUUCAAAGUGAACCAUAGUUUCAUAACUCAUCCUUGUUAUUACAAUUCGGAAACCUGAUUUGGCGACCUUCCGAGUUCUGUCGCCCCCCACAAACGUUAGAGUAAAAAGUUAUAUCUAGCCCUAAUCGAGAAUGAGAAGGCUAAUUUGAUGAGUUUUAUUUCAGAUUAUUAUUCUCUAUUCAGUAAUCCUCUAUAACUAUGGAAAGCUUUUAAAAAAACUACUUAAGAGAUCUAUUUCAAGAUAUUUUUAAUGGCCUUUUAGUGUACCUAUAUUUUCAGUGUGUGAACGGCUCUUUUUAGUUACUUGUUUAUCCAUUCCGAUAUAAAACCUUUAAAUUUAUUGUAACUUAUCUUGUAUCAAAAGGAACCGUUUAACUAUUGCGUAAGCAUGUUUCCACAAAUCAAUCUAUCGUCACGGCAUUGAAUUCAUGAAUGCUAGAUCAAAAGAUUUUAUUGCAUGUUAACUUUUGUGAUAUCUAUUUUCACCUGUUAUUCUUAGUCUCUAACCAGGUGAUGAAAAUUUCAGUGAUAAGUUGAGUCAGAAUAACGCUUGUCCAUCAUUCUGAUUCAGGUUAUUACAGAAUUUUAUCAUCAGGUCAGAAAAAGAUUAUUUUAUUUAUUCCUCUUUACAUAUUUUCUACAAUUUAAAUCUGUUGUUUCCAACUGUAUAAAAGAACUUUAAAACCAUAUUAUCUAUUUGGCAUGUGAUACGUUUUUGUUUAAAAACUCAGUUUAAAAAAAAGAGUUUUCCAAAGUUUAUCUUAAGAAUAGCAACAUAGAUAGACAGUCAUCAUGUGCUAAAAACGCCCUAACAUUGAGGAAAAUAUCUGCCAUAAAAUUCACGACUCAAAAGAGAAAUGGUAAUCAACAUUGGCUAAUUAUUGUUGUGUUAGUCAUGAAUAACGGGAUGCACUCAACUUGACCUGACAUACAAUCUCGGACAUAUAAGCAGGAUGACGCUAUAAGAUUGCCGGCUUCUUUUCGUUGAUAAAGGAAAACUAAAAGCUCCCUUCUUUUGUUUUGCGAAGUAUUACUUACAUAUUCCAUUAAUUUACAAAAAUUCAUUAAUAACGAGAUUAUCACUCUAUACGAUAAUCAAUUACGAGAUCGCGUAUCGAAUUCAUAUUUGACGGGUUAAUUUUACUUGAAGUAGAAUGGAAAGAACUGUUGCUAACAUAAACAAAUACCACGUUUCAACAGGUUGACGUUGCUUGCAAAUAUCCAGUUGAUUGAGAAAAAAAAAAUUUUUUUUCAUUGUUUCAAGCAAUUUUUCAGAAAUAUCGAUGCUUACUUGAAAAGUAGAAUAAUCUUUUAUGGUUUCGAUGUAGAUAGAGUAGUAACUAUGAAAUCUCCGCCAAUUUACGCCAACAUGAGCGAUCGAUAAUUAGCUUUAGACAUGGCCUCUGCAUAGAGUUAACAUUGUCUCAACAUUUCACACGUGAUGUGUGAUAUGCUUCUGUUCGCAAAGAACUUACAGUAAGCAGUCUAUGCUAUUAGUCUUUGACUUUAACAUUGAAAAACGACAACAUCGUGUUUUUUUUUCCCUACUCUUUUUCUAAAGCCUCGAUUGAUAGCUAAAGAAGAAUAGAAAUAAAUUUGAAUAGAAAAUUCUACAAUGGAUUUUUCUCCUUGAUUUUCAAAUUAAAACCAGUUUGUUUCGUAUUUUACUAAUUUAUUUUCUUGCUGGUAUAUUGCGAGAUUCUUCGUCAAACUGAAAAGAAAAAAAGCAAGGGAAUUUUGCAUUCUUAUUUUGACGAUUUCAAAUCAUUCCAUUACACUCAAAAGAAGUUAGUCAUUCCUAUCAUUCCAAAGUAUUUUAAUGUGAUGAGCUUGAAAUGAUUGCUGGCGUUAAAUUGAAAUCUACUUAAAACAACAAUUGAAGACUUUGAUUCUUAUUUAUUAACUUUAUUUUCAUGCCAUUUUGCAUUGAAUCGCAAAGGAUCUCUUAUCUUCUUACAUUGUCAUUUUCAUUAUUGUUAAUGUUGAAAGUUUUAUACAUUAUGCUUGGACAUUAUUUUAUCAAUGAAUAUGUAGAAUGAAAAAAAUGUAUAAUGCUGUAAUAUUAUAUCAUCCAUAAACUGUAAAUAAAUAAUCUAUAAAAUAUC